ACGCCAAACCAACCGCGCGUAGACCUGCUACGACUUGCCGCGCCAAACCCCCGGAACUUUUCAUACUUUUCUAAUGGAACAUUAGAGUUUACGUUUUCGUGUGCUGUGAAUAAAAAUAUUAUUUUGCUGACUUUUGAUGUGUGAAACGAAUAAUAAAUAAAUUAGAAUUAACUUAGUGAUGUGUGAUUAUUAUUUUUUAUAGUAAUAAUUUCGAAUUGUUGACAGUUUAGUGUUAUUAUUUUGCGGAAAUGUCAUAUUGAAAAAUGGCACCUUUAAGGAUUCCGUCGAGUGAUUUCAUGAGUGAGGAUGCUACGUAUAAUUUUUCGACACACACUCAGGAGCCGCGGCACCACUGGCGCCACCACAACCACUCGCACAUGAGGGAGAGCCACAAGCACAACGUGGUGGACAUUCUGUCCAACUCCAUCAUGGAGGCGAUGAACAGUAAGUUCGUGCCUGACAACAGCGUGCUGCCGGACCUGGAGCCGCUGUCGACGCACAUGGACGGCGCCCUGGACCGGCACCACCCGCUGCGGAUGAACGUGACGCUGAACCGGUCCGACCUGGAGAUGAUCUCCGACGAGGUGAUGUACCGGCACGGGGGCGCGAUGACGGCAGUGUACUGCGCCGCGUACUUGCUCGUGUUUCUCGUGGGACUUAUCGGGAACUGUUUCGUGAUAGCCGUGGUGUACCGCUCGCCGCGGAUGAGAACUGUUACCAACUUCUUCAUCGUGAACCUGGCGGUCGCUGAUAUCCUCGUCAUCGUGUUCUGUUUGCCGGCCACUCUGAUGUCCAACAUAUUUGUCCCGUGGGUGCUCGGCUGGCUGAUGUGUAAGACGGUGCCCUACGUGCAAGGGUUGUCAGUCGCCGCAUCAGUCUACAGUCUCGUCGCAGUCUCACUUGACAGAUUUCUGGCCAUUUGGUGGCCCUUGAAAUGCCAGAUCACCAAGCGGCGAGCGAGGAUGAUGAUUGUCUUCAUCUGGAUCUUCGCCAUCAGCGUCACCACCCCCUGGGUCUUCUUCUUUGACUUAGUGGUGGUCUUCGACGAGAGCCCACAUGUCCGGCUAUGCCUUGACGUCUGGCCAAACCCCAUCAGUGAAGUCCUCUAUUUCGUGAUCGGAAACCUCAUCUUCUGCUACAUACUCCCCAUGGUUCUCAUUACCAUGUGCUACAUUCUCAUAUGGAUCAAAGUUUGGAGGAGAUCGAUCCCCACUGACACCCAAGAUGCUCAGAUGGAAAGGAUGCAGCAGAAAUCUAAAGUCAAAGUUGUGAAGAUGUUAGUCGCUGUCGUCAUACUUUUCGUCUUGUCCUGGUUCCCACUGUACCUGAUCUUUGCAAGGAUUAAGCUCGGAGGACCAAUCCAAAAAUGGGAAGAAGAAAUGUUCCCAGUCGUAACACCUCUAGCCCAAUGGCUAGGUGCCUCAAACUCUUGCAUAAAUCCAAUAUUAUAUGCAUUCUUCAACAAGAAGUACAGAAAGGGUUUCGUGGCGAUCAUUAAGAGUAGGAAAUGCUGUGGAAGGCUGCGUUACUACGAGACCAUUGCUCUGCAAUCAUCGAGUACUUCCACGAGGAAGUCCUGGCAUUACAACAAUAACAACCAUCCGUCAAUCACUCGGCGGUCGCCCCCCGUCGACAAGAACGCAGUGUCGUUCAUCUUCAACCACACGGGAGUGUAAGAGGUCGUGAGGUGCGCUUUGGAUUUCGAAUUAGAGCCAUGGUCGGCUUUGCGUCGGGCACUCGGGCCGUGGGCGGCCGCAGCUAGCGACGCGUCUCAGCAUAUCGACACAUACGACAUUUUCUAUUGUACGUUUUAAUUUCAACAGUUUGGUGUUGUCUUGUGCGAGAACAGUUAAUGACUUUCGAACUAGCAUAGAGUACUUAAGUGAACAUAAUCAGUGUUUUAAUAAUGCUAGUAGUUGUAACUUGUAACUUUUAUACGUAAGUCGGUUAAAUGUUUUAAGGAGAUUUUAUUUUUACACUGAUCGUAAUAAUAUUAGGAGCGUAUGGAAACGCACAUCGAGCACAAAAAUGUAAAUCGAGUUUUAUAUUUUUUCUUAAUAUAUCUUAUAUACUUAUUAUAUUGUAUUAUAUUCAUGUAUUUCAGUUACAUGAUUUUAAUCCAGUACAAAUAUUUACGCUUUGCUUUUAUGUAUGGAAUGGUUUUUACUUUACUUAUUUCCUAAAUUGAAUAAUUCCAUAUCUCUUUUGACGUUGUAUACAUACAUACAUUACAUACGGGUAAAUUAUUAAAAUUUUGUACAAAAAUAUGAAAAAGAAAAUACAAAAUGAUAAACAUUGAAACAAAAUACUCUAUUGACAGUACAAAAAUAAUUGUGUAACACUUGGUAGGAAAUAAGCUUUUAAUAUUUUCAAAACAGUUUUUCAUACUUUCUGUUUUUGCAUUUUAUUUUUACUACAAUUGGAUAAAAUAUCGUUUAUUUCUUAUUUAACGAUUAUAUUUAUCUAUACAAAAUGUCAGUAAACCAAUGAAAUACCUAUGUUAGAUAGAAUUUAUUUAACACAAACGAUUACUAGAGAAUUUAGAAAAUGCGCUAUAUAUAAAUAGAAUUAAAGUAGUUAUUGCGGUGGCAAUAAGUUUGUUAAAGCUCGUUAAAAGUGUGACUAGUUUCUUGGAGAAAUAUUUAAAGUUGUUGAUAAAGUAUUGGAAUUUUUGAAAUGGACAUGUUUUCACAUACAAAAACAUAUUAUAUUUGAACAUUCCUUAGUUACCUCAGUCAUUUUCUUUAGAUCUAGAUGAUUUCAAUAGCAAAACAAAAUUGGUUGAUGUAAAAAUUUUUUCUUAAUUUUUUUAGUUGACAAUUUUGAUAUUCAAAAUGUCAGUUGAUCUAAUUCUGACAUGUCCAUGUCAAAACGUAUGACGACGAGCUUCGUAAGUAAGUCUUUAUAGUAAGGAGACCUAGGUCUCAAGUUAAUUAUAACCUUCGUAUAUAACGAGUCUGCGCUAAGCACAGGCUAUUAGCCGCUUAUAAUGCACAAAAAGAUAUAUUAAUAACGAUAACAUAAUGUAAUAACGAUAUAACUAUUGUAUAUUUUUAAACUAAUAUACUAUUACGAGGUGGGAAAUAAAAAUAUUUUCGAUAUUAUUAGGUUAGUUUAUACUGUAGAUAUUGAAAUAAACGUCAACUUUUGCAUGUUGUUACAUAGUUUUUGUUUUAAAUUAUAGUGAUUCUUGAUUUAUUUGUCAAAAAUGCCCUGUUUAUUUUGUAGAAAAUAUUUAUUUUUAAUUAAAUGAUAAAACAUAAUUAUUAUGUUGUGUUUUAUUAUUUAAUUAAAUAAUUUCGUUGUUUUUUAAAUAAAUUAUUGUAUUUUUAUUUCUCACAAACAUUCGUCGUUAUAAUUGUAAUAGUCAUAUACAAGGUGUAACAAAAUACCCAUAUACAUCAAGAAGCACUGAAGAAUACAGGUUUAAUAGAAUCUCUACACAAAGUUUCAGCCUAAAAUUCGUUUAAAAAAAAUUGGUACCAAAUUCUUGAUGUCGUAUGAUUCUUGAUUUUAAAUCAUACAAACGUGUCACAACACUACAGGGGUCGAGACAUUUCUUCUGUAAAUCUGAUCGCCUAGUACCUAUCUACCUAAUUUUGAUUCGCGCGGCGACGGUGCGUGCGUAAUUUACAUUAGACGCUUUGUUUGCCUAGUACCUGUACGCUAAAACUUGCCUAAACAUUAAAAUGAAAUAGCUAAAAUUUGCCUAAACAUUAAAAUGAAAAAUUUAUUUAACUUACAUUUUUAAAGAUAUGGUUCGAUGUGACUACCGUGAUAGUGAAUACACAACACACUUUUGCUUGCUUGUAAAACAAAUCUCAAUCACAAUCACAACAAUAUCAAACACCUUCUGAAUGCUACGUUAAAUAUUCUCUCUUACAAACACUGUUACAAUACCAACGAAAGAUAAUUCAACUCCACAUUAAAGAAAUUGAUAAUAUUUUUUCGUAAAACUAAAAUUCUAAUAUUUUUCCGAAAUACUGAGAUGACUGAAACGUUCAUGAUGACAAUAUUAUGUCAACCCUGACAACUAGGGCUGGCUAUCUGAGAUCUUCUUCCCGCGAACCAAAAAGGUUGAUACCUAUUUUAAAUCGGUUCACAUUAUUAUUGAAUCGGUAAUGUAAAUUAGAUGAGGAAUGAUAUUUCUAUGUAUUACACUGUAAAGAAAUGCAUUGAAUAGUAGCCAAUUAAAAUACAACAUGCGUGUUUUAUCUAUUAAUUUAAUCAAAUACGUAUUUUAAAAAUAAACGUCGAAUUUAACUACAGGCUCUUAUUAGCCCUGAAAAAGUUAACAACUUAGCCUUAGUUUACAAGUAACUAAUGUAGUUACAAAUAAUAUUUGAUUUUUACAGUGUCCUUUUAACUAUUAUGAAAUACAUCGAACCAAGAACGAUAAAUCGUAUUUUCUUUAAAUCGGUUUCUUUCGGAGUGAGUCCCCCAUCCUCAAUGACAAUUCCUAUGUACAGAGAGAGAGAGAGACAUCCAAAGAGAGUAGCCAACAGACGAUGACAACAUUUCCAUCUCUCUCACAUAAUACACUCAAGCAACGCGUGCGACUGGGAAACAAGAUUUUAUCGUAUUUAAUAUGAAAUUAGGGAUCUGUGAGUGCGCAACCGUUUUCCAAUUUAUGUAAUGACAAUUCUCGUUUCUUAUGGAUUCCUAGUACUUUUGCAUGUUAACUAAACUAAACUGCUGAGUUUUUCGUGAAAUUUUGUCUAUCUAUCUGUAAAUUCUGUCGAUAAUUUAAUUAAAAUGAAGAACGGAACCCCCUGUGAGUUUAUUUGUACUAGGAGACACAUAAUUUGCUUAGAAUUGAUGUUUAGGGUUCAAAUAUUACGAUAUGAAAUCCUUUUUCGUAGCGUCUUCAAUUAUUUUAAUAACAAUUCUCGUUUCUUAUGGAUUCCUAGUAUUUUUACAUGUUUUUCUCAUUAAGACUAAGCUAAUUUGCUGAGUUUUUUUUUAAUUCUGUCAAUCUCUCUAAACGCCUCCAAGUAAAAACGUUUAUUAAAAAAAUAUUCAAGAACGGAACCCCCUGGGAGUUUUUUGUACUAGGACACACAUAACUUGCAUAGAAUUGAUAUUUAGGGUUCAGUUGAACACAAUAUUAUGAUAUGAAACCCUUUUUCGUAACGUCUUCAAUGUAUGUAAUAACAAUUCUCGUUUCUUAUGGGUUCCUGGUACUUUUGCAUGUUUUUCUCAUUAAGACUAGGUAAAGGUAGGUAAGAGUAAGGUAGGUAGGUAGGUAGGUAGGUAGGUAGGUACCCACAACAGAGAGAUAGGAGACAGAGAUUGACAGAAGUUCACGAAAAGCUCAGCAAGUUAGUUUAGUCUUAAUGAGAAAAACAUGCAAAGGUAGAUUACUUCACUCAUUUGUUUGAGACCAUCUUAUCCAAGUAAAACAAAAAAAAAUGGUAUCUCUUUGUAUCACGUAAAGACCAGAUAUUCUUUGUUUUUCAUGAAAACCUUUCUUCUUAAAACAAUUUUUACGAAAAAAAAAAAAUGUUACGAAAAAUAAAUAUCCGGAACCCUUUUUUCAUUUAUUCGUAGAAAUACCAGGAGUAAGGGUUUUGAUUUUAUUUAAGUACAUUGAGUGCACUUGCACUGACACCGAUCAGCUGAUUUCUUGCAAGUGAUGUAAUGAUUUCAUUUCCAAAUGUAGGAUUUCAUGUAUCUUAUGUAUUGGAAAAAUUCAUAACUUCGUUCCAUGCAAACAUGAGUUUAAAAAACCCUUCCCGUAUAGUUUGUUAUGUUAUCUAGAAACCGUGCACUUGAUGUGUAUACCCCCUUUUUGUUACACGUUGUAUAAUAAUAAUUGCAUUAUAUCCUAACGUAACAUUGUUUUACCUCCUAGAUGUUUUCAAUAACAGCACAUUUUCAUAGACGAUAUUUAGAAGUAAUGUUUUAUUUUUAACAAAACGAAAAAAAAAUAUAAAAAAUAUUUUUCUACUAAAUAAUGAAUAACUUUUGACAACAGAGAGUGGUCACAAAUAGUGAGUAAGGAUAUUUCUUGUGCAGUUUCCUCUUACUUCAGUUUUUCGUGUUUUGUUUUAUUUUUCCUGCACUGCAGUGUAUUUGUAGGCAUUUCUUUGUUCGUGUAGGAUAUCAAUGACAAAGUCGAAGCUUGCAAGACUGAUUGCUGGUAACUCCUUCAAAAGGACAAUUCGUGUGAUAGAAAAAUGGAUUUUGAAUUCGACUAUUUUUGUAAUUUAAGCUUAACCCUAGCUUAUUGGUCUGUUUGUUUUCAUUUUCUGUACUUUAAAAGCUUUCUAUUGUGUGUCGUUAUAUCCAUUUUUGUGUCGUCUUGAGAUCUUUUGAAGAUUAUUUUGAGUGCAAUACUAAUAAAUAUGAAAACGAAUAAAAAGGAAUUUAAGGCAAUAUGUAGUGAGGGUAGAAACAUGCUGAGCAUGUCAUCUUGAGUAAGUACUUGAGAAUGAUAAAAUGAUAAAUGUUACAGUCGUGCGGGGAGUGCGGCUGCGGGCAGUCGGCUCCGUGGCAUGGUAACUAUUUAUAUAAAAAAUGUCAUACAAAUCGGUCCAGUAGUUUAAGAUGACAUACUCGUAUAAGCAGUUUUUUACUCAAAGUGGCCCACAACAAGUAAACAUUUUGAUGUGACUUUAUUUCAUUUGUCAUUUUGUGUUUGAAAUGUGGGCUUGCAACUAUUUAUACAUCACACAGAACUAUUUGUAUGGAGAUUGUAAUCAUUAUAUACCUAACAUUAUUAAUAAUCACAUUUUCACGCAUUUAAUAUUGGUAUUAAAUAAAUAUCUACCAUCAUUGUGAACUCUUUAACUGAGGCUUAAUAAACUCGUAGGAAACAAAUGCUAAUGAUUUAUAUUUCUUGUAAUUUGUACCAGAGUGUGUGGAAAGUUUGGGAGAUUAUAAUAAUAUUAAACAAUAACAUAGCACAAAAUAUUAAUACAAUUGCUUUGACAUCGCUGUAGACAAGUCAACAUCUUCAGCUUACACUUAGCUUAAUCUAGUUCGCACAGAAACAUUGGGACUUUGCGAAUUUUUACUAAGCCUCAGAUAAAUUCGCGUGUUAUACCUAUAAACGUAAUUACUCCAAUAAUAUACCUAACAUAUACCACGUACUCGUAUAACUACUAUAUUAAUAAAUAGUUUUAUACUAAUAAAUGUCUACUACGAAUGUUAUUUUAUAAUAACGAUUGAUCUAUAAUUAUAUUAUACAUAAUUAUAUAAUUAUACUAUAUUUAUAUACAAAUAAUUGGUAAAACGUAAUUCUAUGUAAAUAAAUUGAAUUAGAACAAUAAAUAUUGUAUUAUUGUGAUUAAACUAUUGUUUAUUAUGUUUGUAUAUUAGAAGCGUUUCUGUAUAAUAUCGCUGUUGUUCAGUUGCCGUGUUUGGUGUUAGAUAUAGUGUUUAAUAUAAUAAUUAUUAUGUGUAAUAAUAAUAAUGUGAGACCUGAUUUAGACAUUAAAUUAUUGAAUUCAUAUAACUAAAUAAUUCUUCUUGUAAUCUUAACCUGUUUGAUGUUAUGACAAAUUGUAAUAGUUAUUUCAUUAAAAUGGUUUAAUGAUGUAGUAUAUAUAGUAUAAACGCUUGUAGUAUAGCCGUUUACUAGAAUUUGUAAAUGUAUAAAUUAUACUGUACAUUUAUGUAUAAAUAGAGGUUUGAUGUUUUAAGCAAUGUUAGGUGAUUUUUAGAAAUUUAGUAAGCUUUUUUAGUGGACACUGCUAAUUUUACUAUGAGACAUAUAAAAGGUAACAACAUCUUGAUACAAGUAAGUUAAAAAAAUACGUAACAAAAAGAAUGUCCAUAAUUGAAUUAGCAGGUUAAAUAUAUUUCGAUCAACACAAGAUUCCUAUAUAUUGUAACAGAAGCAAUUUUUGACAUAUGAAACUUUGACUAUAUUCCGUACAAUUUACCAACAUAUCAAUGAAGUAACCUCCCAGUUUGUCGUCGUCGGUUAAUAUACGAUACGUACGAGUUUUAUAAGAACAGAAUACUUUCAUAAUGGUUUUGUCAUUUUUCUAUUUAGGAUGAAAGCGUUCUACUUAGGGAGUUCCCUUUCGAGUGAAGAAGUCCGGAGUCUGCUAUGAUUAGUAACAAUUUGUUAUAUGUAGUCUAGAUUUAUUUCUCGACUAGUUUUCUUAUCUGACAAAUUGGCCCAUUUUGGUACUUAGGUAGCUCAUAAAUCAGUUAUUCGUAGAUCGUAUGAACCCGAGGUAUUUGGUUAGUGAUUUUGUCAGAUACUCAUAUGUUUUGUCAUAUUUAGUUUAACUCCUGUAUCCAUUCGUGAAAGUAGAAACAGCUCCUGAAAUAAUUAAACAACUUUUAAAUAUAAAAUGCUCUAAUAAUUUAUUAGCAAAAUUGUAUUUUUAUUAUUUUUUAAUUACUAUUGUAGUAGUAGAUCUUCCUUUGUUAUCGUAGUGGUAAAUAAUUUGUUUUGUUUUAGUCAAAUUAAUUAUAAUUAUAUUUAUCAGGGUUAUAUUAGAUGAAAUUAGUGUUUCUGUAGCAAAUUAAUUCGUCAAUUGUUUCUUGUAAUAUUACGCAUUCGAUUUUGGUUAAUUACUUUUAAAAUAGAAUUAGUUUUAAAUGCACAAACUAGAUUUUAGUUAAGUUUUAAAUUAUAUAUUAUUUUAAAAUAAUAAUUAUUAUUUAAGUAGUAACUUUAUUUAUGUGCCUAUUAUUAUCGAGAUUUUAUUAUUAUUUUAGAGUUUAGUCAGUUACUAGAAGAGAUUAUGUUUAGUUUUAUAUAUUUAUGCAGGUUUUUGCUAUUAGUGUUAUUUAAAACGUUGCAAAGAGUGUUUUAGCCGUGGCGUACCUAAAUAGUUGUUUUCGCAGUUACAGCUGUAGGUAACAAUUCAUAUUGGAUUAAUAUUAACCUAACAUGCAAACACUAUUGUAUGUCAAAUAAAUAAAAUGUGAAAAAUA